ACGUCCAGCUCCAGACCAGACCUCAUACAUCACUAUACAGUCGCACCCUUUCUCCCUUUCCCCGUCCAACGCACGACUGCAACCGCGGCCCCACGAGAUAUGUAGCCCGCUGCUUUGGAGAGCCCCUUCUCCCAGCCCAGCGCCAUGUCCGUUAUUCAACUUGACGAACUUGUGUCAUACCAGCUGCGGACGAGCUAUCUGAACGAGAUUGCCGAUGGUGUUGGAGAGCGUUUACUCACGAUAAAUGACGGCUUCCUCAACUCGGCGCCGUUCAAGGCCGCCGGAUGGCGGCCCAACUCGUCGCACAUCAAGCGGACGCACUCGCCCCCGAUCCCGACGGCUGUUGCCUCCGAAUACUUCCAGGCUCCCCGCCAGGUCGGACACACGCUUGAAGAUGGCGAAGAGGACGGCGGCAUGUUGACGGGUGGCGGUGCCGACACCAUGGGUCCGGGCAUGGCGAUUAAGAGGCGCAGGCGCCGGGAGCAGAUGGAGGAGGACGACAGCAGCGACCUGAGCGACGAGAGUGACGAAGAGCAUGAGCAACGAGCAGCCCAGCAAAUAAAGUUCUCCAAGAUGCCGGUCCGGCAACGCGCUGGAUCGUCGCCCAUCCAGGCAUCGCAUCUCAAGCAGCAGCAGCAGCAGCAGCAGACAUCACCCCGGAUACCACGGCGAGGCUCACAGUCGGCGCUGGAGACGGUCCGCGAGAGGCCGCGGCGCGACACCGUCACCAGCAGCGAGAUAUCAUCCGAGAAUGAAUUCGACCUCCCUGCGGCGCAUAGGCACCGAGAGGCGGCGCGAGCUGCCGCCAAGGCGGUGAGGCUGCAAGACAGGAUCAAUGAGGAGCCGACGCCCGCCUUGCAGAGGGCGGACACGACCCUUUUGCCUGAGGAGGAGGAGGAUGAAGACGACUCGGAUGAAGGCUCGGAAAUGUCAGGAGACUACGUCGGGAGCAUAGACUCGGCGUCCAUCCUGGAAGGCGUGGAGAAUCCAAUGAAUCCUUCGCCCACGCAACCAGUCAUCGGAACACCACCCAAGAACUUUACACGGCAGUCUACGAUUCGCAAGUCGAACGCACCACCGAAACCCGUGACCCUCGAGGCAUUACCGCCGCCACGGCCGAUGAGCACCAUUCGGCCGAUGAGCAUGGUGCAGCCGCAGAGCCUGCUCUCGGCCGCGCUCAAAGCCAGGGAGCACAAGUCGUCGGUGCCGUUCCAAAAGUUUGCGCACUUUAGCGGCCAGGGAACCCAGGGCUCCAUCAACGUUCGCAUCUACGCUCCCUUUUCUAAGACGGCGGGCAAGCCCUUUGAGGUGCUCAUCAGGCCGCGCGUCCAGGACGGGCAAAACGCGGAGCGGGUGGUAACGGUGGCGGAUCUCAUCGGCCUCAGUCUCUACAGAUACAACGAGGAGAAGAGGGAGCCGCAGAUCCCUGCCAAGAAAUUCAGCAUCAACUGGUGGACACUACGCAUGGUGGAGGAAGGAGGCGAGGUGGACGACGACUUUCCCCCCUUUGAGAGAACGAAGCCCCUCAGCGCGUUUACAACGGUCAACAACGCCAGCGCUCGUGGAGGUGGGAGGUUGCGGUCCAACUCGUCGGCCUUUGACGAGUUCGCCUUGGUGCCGGCCACCGAGGACGAGUAUGAGGAGAACAAGGCUCUCACGCCGCAAGAGGACGGCGGCGAAGAGGAGGAGGCGCAGCAGGCGACGCGCACGAGUCAAGACGGCGACGCUGCAGCGCGGAACGCACCGACUCCGGCGGCGAACCUGUCGGCGGCCGAUGCGCAGGCUCGCCCACGGCAGAACCCGAUCGUCUUCACGACGUACCGGUCAAACACGCCGCUCGCCGACGCACCGCAGGCGCCGGCAGCGGCGCCCAACAUGGUGCGGGGCCAGCACAAGCUACUGCGAAUCCACAUCAUGUCGGCGGACACAACGCCGGGGCAAAUGGUGACGGUGGACGUGACGACGGACACGUACCUGGCAGAGGUGCUGGACCUGGUUUGUCGAAAGCGGCAGCUCGACAAGGCCAACCACGUGCUCAAGCUACCGGGAUCGGGAGCGGUCGUGAUGAUUGAUCGGCCAGUAUCGUCCAUUGGCAACGUGUCGGACCUUGAGCUGUACCGGAGGCGGUUUGCGACGGACGGCCCGCUGAGCAUGACAGGCUCUCCCAGCAGCGCGUCGCCCAAGUCGGUACCGCUGGGAGACAACGCGGGCUCGGGCGGACGCCGGGCCAAGCUCAAAGCUCAGAUGCUGGGGCCGCACCCGCUGGCGCGGGAGGCGCUCAAGCAGGAUGAGCUGGCGAGCGCCAACCACAAGAAGUACACGGUGUGGCGGAAGCAGCCGAUGCGCAUCGUGGGCAUGAGCGAACGAAUCCUGGUGAUUGACGGUGAGUACAUCCACAUCGUGCCGGCGUCGGGCGGCAAAGCGGUGCACGACGGCAGCGGGAAGACAACGACGGUUCACUUUAGCAACGUGAUCGGGUGCAAGGUGCCGCGGAAGCACCCGACCAACGUCAAGCUCGUCAUAUACAAAGCGACGGAGAGCAAGCGGUACGACUUUGAGGCUCGAGGCGCAGACGAGGCGGCGGAGAUUGUGGCGGAGCUCAAAAAGGGCAUCUCGCCGUACCGCGAAGUGUGAGAGUGUGGGGGGAGCGGGCAAUCGAUGAACAGGAGCCGCAUUUAGAAACACGGGAUCGGCGGGGUCGCUGUAUUACAAGUUACUGCGAGGCCGGCACUGUACUGUGCAGCAUGGUCAAACAUUGCAAGUGUGUCUUGAUAAGUCGGCACGCGAGGCGUGAGCUGGUGUGAGUGUGCGUGGGGUCGGUGGGAGCGGCGUCGUGUCGUGGGCGCGCCAACUGUGGCUGAGGUCCUGGGGCUUACGUACUCGGUGCGUACGUACGCAGACGACGCCCGAGUCGUCGUGAGACAAGCAGUUGGCAGUGGAUGGGGGUUCGUGGCAGCUCUUGUGUCGUCGAGGACGGGCGGCGGCAGCAGCCAUGGCGACGAGCCCGGCCGCACAUGCGUAUCGGCCCGGCAAGGCGGCACGUAGAAUCGAGAAAGCUUGGAGCCACGGAGGACCAGGAAUUAGCGAGCGAGCAAACGAACCAAGCAGCAAGGAAGCAAGCAAGCGAUGGAGCAGAAUCUCCAAUCUAUGAUGUCGCGUGCCC